AUGGAGGACAUCCCAACGGAGCUUGUGGUGGAGAUCCUGUUGCGGCUCCCAUGGACCUCGCGCAGGCGGCUGCGCCUAGUCUGCCGGUCUUGGCGCGACCUCGUCCACCAGCGCACGACGGAGAUGCAGCAGUGCCGCGACGCCGUGCCGCUUGUCGUCACCACGGAGUCCGCAUAUGUUCUCGACGUCGACGGCCACGACCCCGAGACCUCCAUACCUCGACCUCGAGAGCUCUGGACCGGCCACUUGGAUGUGUACAAGCAUAUGGAGGUGGUGGGCGUCUGCAACGGCGUGCUCUGCCUGUGCGACAACGCCAAGCCCGGCGGCGCCAUCACUCUUGUCAACCCGGCGACCGGCGACACCCUUGCGCUCCCGCCGAUCCCGCGCCACGGCCUGUUCAGGCGCUACAACUCGCGGCGCACCGACAGGAGCUGGCACCAGGCCUACAGCUUCGGGUACCACCACGGUACGGGGCACUACAAGGUGGUGCACGUCCCGUGCUUCUUCAAGACCAAGGACACGGUGCAAAUGUUCACGGUAGGGGAGGCGUCGUGGAGGGAGGUUGCAGCACCUAACACGAAAUGCAAACUAGACGCCGGUGUCAUCAGCGUAAACGGGGUCUCGUACUGGGUCACCGAGGGAUCGCAGGAGAAAAUAAUAUCUUUUGACCUCAAGAGUGAGCGGGUGAAACCCACAAAGCCAUUGCCCAUGCCGGCCAUGCCCAUCUGCCACUUGACGGAGGUGCAGCGCAGGCUGAGCACCAUAGCUAUCGGCGGAUACAUGAUCAAGGUGUGGAUUCUUGAGAGCACCGGAAAUGAGCAGGCCUGGAUCUAUCAAUAUAGUUUGAGUGCUUCACUUGGGGCGGAGCACCAGCUGACACGUCCAAACUUCAUUCUUGGUGAGUAUGUCCUAACCUGCUUUGUUGGUGUUGAGAAGAAGAAAAAAUCAACAACAACUCGAGAUGUUUUGUCAGUGUCGGUCAUGUGA